AUGCCGGGAAUCCGAGACUUUGCUGAGCCCGGCAGUGACCAGACCUACCGGGAAUUAGUAGCUGCUGGCUUAACAGAAUCGGGGAAAUUACAUCCCAAUAGCAAUCCGCACAAGUAUCUAAACCUCAUACAGUCUUUUUUUUCUCUAGUAUCUUCAAAAUGAUUAAAUCUUCCAUGUUACAUUUUUGAAGACCUAUCUGAACAUCACGCAAAAACUCUGUUUCCCUUUAAAAAGAUAUUGUGUUUGAAUUUGUCUCUUAAUAGCAUUAGUCAAGCUCUGAAUGGUACCAAUUUUAGUUUCCAACCUAAUUUGAAAUAUUUAGAUUUCUCCAGUCAUAAACUGGACUUAGUGAUUGAAGAGUUGACAAGGGGAGGCACUCUUCUGGAACUCAUACUUACAAAAAAGGAAGAACUGAUCAAGGAUGUGAAGGUCAGGGGCAACCUUGACUGCAGUGACCAUGAGAUGGUGGAGACCAGGAUCCUGAAUCAAUAUAAAAACCUUUGUAGACUGGUGUAUCUUGACACAUCCCACAACAAACUUCAUAAUAUUCCCCACCAGUAAAUCCUUGAUGGUCCACAGCAAUUAUCUAAACUAUUAUUAAACAAUGAUGAACUACAGUGCUUUUUGAACAGCGACUAUAGUCUUAAACCCUCAAAUAAAGCAUCUAAGCUGAAAAGUAAAAUUCUAGUAUAUGAUAAUCUUGCCAACAGCAUUCCCUCCUUUCAGGUACUUUUGCUUCAACAUAACAAGUUAUCCCAACUUGCUGAUGGACUUUUUUGUGAUGCCAGCAGUAAUCCUUCUGAGUGUGCCUGUGCAAUUCCUGAUUUCUCGAAAUACCUGUAUGUAAAUGUUAAUGUAAGCAUCCCAUGACUGGCAACUGAUCUCAUCUCCCUGCUUGACAAAGUGGCUCUGAGUCCACGGUCACACAAAACACUCCCUACCAACACACACAUUGCACAGGACACCCAAGAGGUAGCGGUAACCAACAGGGAAAACUCCGAGCUUCAGUUGGCCUGGAGGAAAAGGGUUCCUGCCAUGCAUGGAGGAAAGGGUCUGGGAG